UCUCCUCCGAUCCCAUCUCCUCCAACAAAGCCCGCAACUGCUCCAGGUCGGGUUGCCCCAGCAGCAGCAGCGGCGGCGGCACCGACUACAUCAUCCCUUACCCGGACCAAGUCCUCGAGAACGUUCUAGAAAACGUGCUCUGCUUCCUCACUGCCCGACUUCAACCUCAUGCCGGCCCAUUGGGGCGCCCACUUUGGGCCCUGGGUCUCCGCCAUGGCCAAGGCUUACCCUUGGCUCGAGAAAGUCUAUCUCAAGCGCAUGUCCGUAACGGACGACGAUCUGGCUCUGCUGGCCGAGUCGUUCCCCGGGUUCAAGGGCCUCGUUCUGGUUUGCUGUGAUGGAUUUGGGACCAGUGGCCUCGCUGUGGUCGCCAGUAAGUGCAGAUAGCUUAGGGUGCUUGAUUUGAUUGAAUAUGAGGUUAUCGACGACGAUGUGGAUUGGAUAUGUUGUUUUCCUGAGAGCCAAACCUGUCUGGAGUCUCUGAUGUUUGAUUGCGUAGAAUGCCUCGUAAAUUUCGAGGCAUUGGAGAGGCUGGUGAUUAGGUCAACUUCCUUGAAGAAACUUAGGUUGAACAGCUAUGUUUCAAUUGGGCAGCUACACCGCUUGAUGGUUAGAGCUCCACAGCUCACUCACCUAAGAACGGGCUCAUUCAGUUCAUUGGAGGGCAAUGCUCAGGGGGAUCAAGAACUGGAUUGUGUCUCUGCUUUUGCUGCUUGCAAAUCCAUAGUCUGUCUAUCUGGGUUCAAUGAGAUAUUUGUGGAUCAGUUGCCUGCAAUUUACCCCGUCUGUGCUAAUCUGACCAAUCUGAAUUUCAGCUAUGCAAAUAUCAGUGCAGAACAACUUAAACCAGUCAUACGAAACUGCCACAAGCUCCAGACUUUCUGGGUACUCGAUUCAGUAUGUGAUGAAGGCCUUAAGGCAGUGGCUGCAACUAGCAAGGAACUGCGUGAACUUUAGGGGCAUAUGCAGAAACGCUGAUCAUUUCUUAAGUUGUAUUAUCAACUGUUAUUGACAUCUUUAGAAUGAUAUUUG